UAGUGCACUGUGUUCGUAACAGAUUCUAGUUUUAGGAACAGAAAAAUGUAUUGAGAUCAGAUGUUUCAUCGAUGAGACAAUUUGCAGAAUGUUGGCCCAGUUUCACCAAGUUCCAUCCUGGUGAGAAAACUUUCUAAAUGAAUGCUUCAGCUUUAUAGCCCUUCUGUCUGUGGUGCCAUUGUAUCGCCAAUAUUAGCAGACACUACUUUUAGCUAGAUAGUUAGCUAGCAUUAGGUCACAGACAACAAACUAACCAAGUUAUCUCGCUACCUGGCUAGCUACAGACUUUCUACAAUGCGACACCGUUAACUAGCUACAGGCUUGCUAUUUAGCCUUACAUUCCUCCACUAGUAGCAUCUUCGCUCCGGGAGACCUGUACCCAUUGGAUACACCAAUGCAUAUCUUACAGGUCUCCCAGAGCAAAGAGGCUAUCCUGUUAGCUGACGUUACCAAAAAUAUAUUUUCUUGUCAGCGAACACGUCUAGGUCAUAAAAGUUAUGAUGUUAGCUACAUAGCCAGUUAUUUAGCUAGCUAACUAUUUAUGAGUUGGCCAGAAAUACAAAUAUCUGGCUAUGAAUUGCUUUGACCUAGCUAGUUAAUGUUAUCGACCAAAGAGACAUUCAAGUCUUAGCUACGAUCCCUAGCUAAUGGUAGCUAAUGCACUUUUGUACAUUGUGCUGUUCCGUACAUUUGACCUUAUUUUAGCGCCCCAAAAACGUAAUACUUCCAGGUCAACUGUAAUAUGAAUACCAUUGUAAAGCACAAUUUCUCCCCUUUCCAGCAAAGUCAAUGACGAGACCUUCAUGCUGCCCGUCUCUGCAUGAUCGAAGAAAGCAAUGGAGUUCCGCUGGGUCUUUUUUUAAAUGGCGGGUGGGGAAGCGAAAGCUACUGCGUCAUAAUGAAAGGGUAGAUAUGUUGUGUGUCAAACCGGCUUCUUUUACCCGAUUUGUCCAACUUAUCACCUCUAAAAUGUAAAUAAAACACUAUAAAGUGUUUAUAUAAUGUCUCAUUACAUACCUAUUUUAAGAUUUGUGUCGAAUUUGAAUAGGGUUUUUAGAGCUGCGCUAAAUUUAUCUUCACAAUAAAACUGUGGGUGUCACGGUUUUUAAGAGUCAUGAUAGCUCAAGUGAUUACGUGAAAAAUUAACAAUUGAUUGAAUUAACUAUUGAUGAACUCACGAGUAAUUAACUUUACACUAACCAUUACACUCACCAUUGAUCAUUUCUUGUUUUUAAUCUGCGAGAGAAGCGCUACACCUGGUGGAAAGAGGCUGUACGUCACAGAAUGACUGAAUAAUGCGUCACACGUUAACAUACAGCGUCAGCGGGGUCAGUUUUGUCAACUUUUCUCCAAUACUAUUGGCCAUUACCAUGUCAAUCAACGCUGAAUCGAAACGUAGUUCACACCCCGGAUUUUGAUGCCAACACAGUCGCUACAGUCACAUUAGUUUUCAUUGCAGCCUCGUUUGAAUGCCACGGUUGCCCACAUAUGUACAGAACUGAGUUAGCUACCGUUAGUUGUCUAAUGCUAGCUGUAAACAGCCGAGUUGACUUCUUAUUUUAAAAGGCCUUGAUGAGUAGAAUAACUAGCUAGCUAAUUAACAUUAGAAUUUGAAACCAUCCAGUGAUUAAAUGUCUAUAAUUUACGAAGUGUUAUUUGUUUCAGUGUAGAUCUGAUUGGUUUUUUUACCACAUUUUCUAGAUCAAGGAUAUCCACCUGUAAUCCGCCAACACAUUUGAAAGUACAGUACAACCCCAAUCAGAGUGCGAGUGUGUGUGUGUGUGUGUGUGUUUGUGGAUGGAUAGAUGGAUGGAUGGAUGGAUGCAUUCACAGACACAGCAAUCAGCUUGUUGGGGGUGAACUGGGAGCACAGUGCUAUAUCGGUAGGACAGAGGAGACGACAACAGAGAGGGCUUCGUCUUGAGCCCUAUACUACGAAUCAGGUUUGAAGAGUUAGCAAGUCUAAUGGCUGGUGUUAGUGUAAUGGCUGGGAUGCCAGUGAAAUGUUCAACUAGGAGGCGUACGGAGUCAACUCCACCUAUGGCUUCCUCUCCAUGUAGAUGUGAAUAUCCUCCCCUCGGCUCCUCAAUGGGCUCCUCAAUGGCUCCUCAAUGUCUAAUUUUCCUCUGGAGAGGCCUGCCUCAGAUGAAUGAGACCAAGGGCAAGAAGGCAAGACUGAGUACAAGUACAGUCCAAUGGUCUAAGAGAGAGAGGCGACAUGAAUGAGUAGUGCCGAGGGCAGGCAGGGGACAAACACUACCAUCCCAGCUGUGCACGAUGCAGCAGGUGCAACCAGAUGUUCACAGAAGGAGAAGAGAUGUACCUGCAAGGAUCAACCGUGUGGCACCCUGGCUGUAAGAACACAACCAGAACAGAGGAGCGACAGAGGGAACGGCCUUCAAGGUCGUCAUCCGAGAGUAUCUGUUCCAGACCUGGUUCAAGCAUACCCGGCUCACCAGGUCAUACCAUAUAUGCAAAAGUAGACGAUGAGAUCCUUGAUUACAGGGACCUAGCCGCCAUUCCCAAAGUCAAAGCCAUUUAUGAUAUAGAGCGCCCUGAUCUGAUUACCUAUGAGCCUUUGUACACCAUGUCCCUUGAUGAGAGGGAGGAGAGGAGGGAGAGUGUGGGAGAGCUCCAUACUGCGAGAAGGGAGCGUUCCCCCAUGAUAGAUGACAAGUCCUCAAGAAACAUGUCACCUACGCCAUCCGCUGAGGGCUGCUAUGACAUGAGGGAACGCAUCCUUCAGAGGUCCACCAGUCAGGGCUCCAUCGGCUCACCUGUCUACAAUCGCCAUAGUUACACCCCGCUGUCACGCUCACCGCAGCAUUUUCACAGACCAGAGGCUCUGACAGGCAUGCAGAAGCUUUGCUCCGCCCUGUGCAGUAACAGUGUGGGCUCCUCCAGCCAUAGUGACUCCCAUCCCACCUCACCGUUCAGACACCACUUCUUUCCCCAUAGCCAAGGCACUGAUCCACCUAGCGGGCGGAGCUCCCCUAUACCCCAAAGGCCAGACAGCCGGCCUGUCACUCCGCCUCUCUCUCUGACCCCUAAACAUUUCCACCUCCCAGAUCAGGGGAUCAACAUUUACAGGAAACCACCCAUCUACAAACAACACGGAUCAGAAGGAGGAAGGAGACGGUCUAGGGAAGAGGAGGAAGAGGAGGCCCUGAAGAGAAAGCAGCUCCAGGAGGAGCAUAUCAACAAGAUCCAGUCUGGUUUGGGGAAGCUGAUAAUGAAGGAGGAGAAUGAGAAAGAGCAGAUCAGGGAACGUCGCGCACGCAGCCAAUCAGCUCAGCGCUAUGACCCCCAGCAGACCAAUUGUGAUGGAGAUGAUUCCAAAACCUCAUCGCUGCCUGGUUAUGGACGGAAUGGAUUACACCGGCCUCAGUCUACAGAUUUCACUCAGUACAACAGCCAUGGGAACAUGUGUGGGGGAGGAAGAGAGUUUCAGCACAUAAGGGAUGGCAGUGCUGCAGUAACAAGAAUGGACAGGGGAGUAUCUAUGCCUAAUAUGUUGGAACCAAAAGUCGUACCAUAUGAAAUGCUCAUGAUAACCAGUAGAGGGCGAGCUAAACUUCCCAGGGAGGUGGACAGAACAAGACUGGAGCGCCACUUAGCCCCAGAAACGUUCUUUGACAUCUUUGGGAUGGAGAUCCAGGAGUUUGACAGGCUUCCACUGUGGAAACGCAACAACAUGAAAAAGAAGGCCAAGCUCUUCUAGCAUUCAGAGCAGCAUGCACUCAUCCCAUCCUUUCAGAUAGCACUACCACUGUAAUAUAGAUGUAGGAUUUGUUUCGAUUUUUCCCUACCUUUUUUCUGACAUGUUCAAGAAGGCAAUGCAAUGGACUCUUUUUUUGCUAUGCCUCCUCUACGGACUGAAUACAUGAUUUAAUAACUAAUAGAUACAUUUAAAAGCUACAAGGAAAGAAAAUAAAACAAUUUCUUCCAUGUUAAAAAAUAACAAAGAAUGAGAAAGAAUUAUGAAUCAAGUCAUGUUCUUUUUGACUGCUGCGGUUUUAAUUUCUUGCUUUGCUUUGAAUGGAACUGCUUUCCUUGACCUGCUUGUUUCCUCAUAUUUGUUGCUGUUGAUUCCUUUGGAGCUUUGUUAGUAGAAUCUCAUGGCACCAUAUGAAACAUGCUGUUCACAUGCAAAACUGGAAUGUCUGUCUGUCAGCUUCACAUGUCAAUGGUCAGCUUACCCUCAUUUGGCUGUCAAAUCAAGUCAAAUCAAAUGGCUCACAGAGUCUUCAUCAUGGUAAAUAUUGGGUCUUGCCAUUCCUUUAUGGCUCUUGUACAUACCAGCUAGCCUAUGUUACUCUCACUGGCAUCAGAGUCUGGAAAAGCUAUUAUUCAAAACAAUAUAAUGUGGUUUACAUAUAGAUCCGGGUCAUAUUCAUUAGGGCAUGAAACGGAAAACAUUUUAAACCGUUUUACAACAGAAAACGGAAAUGAGCCUUCCAAGUGGCCUCCCUGUUUCAGUGUGUUUUCAUCUGUUUGAUGCCUAAUGAAUACAACCUACAGUUUCGCCUCUCAGGCUCCCAUUGGAGUAGCAAUUCUUAUUUUACUAACAAAUAUUCAACACAAAAAGACACAACAUUUAAUGUAAAAAAAAAAAGACUGUUUUAUAAAUGAAACCCACACUGCCAUUUGUUGUAUUGAAAUAUAAGCAAAAAAUAAAGCUUUAAAUCACUGUCUAUGAUAAUCCUCGGCUACUCCAAAGGUAUCGCCUGUAUUAGUUUACCUGUUCUCCUCUAAGCUAUUAAACUAUAAUAAACACUGUGGUUCAUGUAUGUUGUUCAAGGAACUACAGUGUGUGUGAUGUAAUAUGAGGAAUCUCCUGUCAAGUUUUAUGGGACCAAUCAGACAGUGUAUUCCGUUGACCUCCUGGACUUCAGCCAAUAAAGAGGCAGACACCCAUG